UCUGGGGCGGCCCAGUUCUACAGUGCCAGGGAGCAGAGCAGAGCCCAGCCCUGCACCAAACACAGAUGGGACCAUGAACUCCAGCCACAACUUUAGCCAGACCCCCUCCGGCUCCUUCCAUGGCACGGGAGGCAGCUGGGACCAGCUGGGGAGCUUCCCUCGGGCUCCCAGCGUCCAUGGGGGGGCCGGGGGUGUCCGCAUCUCCCUUUCCUUCAGCUCACCAAGCUGCCUGCCUCCCGGAGGUCCUUGGGGACCUAGAAAAGGCAAUUCCUUCCCAGCUGCAAGUGGGAAGGAGGUGAUGCAGAACCUCAACGACCGCCUGGCUUCCUACCUGGACAAGGUGCGUGCCCUGGAGGAGGCCAACGAGAAGCUCGAAAGUCGCAUCUUGAAGUGGCACGAGCAGAGAGAUCCUGGCAGUAAGCAAAAUUACACCCAGUAUGAGGAAAACAUCAGCCACCUGCAGGAGCAGGUCAUGGACAGCAAGAUGACCAAUGCUCAGAUCAUUCUUCUCAUUGACAAUGCUAGGAUGGCGGUGGAUGACUUCAGCCUCAAGUAUGAAAAUGAACACUCCUUCAAGAAAGAUCUGGAAAUUGAAGUUGAAGGUCUCCGAAAGACCUUGGAUGAUCUGACCAUUGUCACAACAGAUCUGGAACAGGAGGUUGAGGGGAUGAGGAAAGAGCUCAUCCUCAUGAAGAAGCGACAUGAGCAGGAAAUGGAGGAACAUCAUGUACCGAAUGACUUCAAGGUCAGUGUGAAGGUGGAUACAACUCCAGGAGAAGAUCUGAUUAAGGUUCUGGAGGAUAUGAGACAGGAAUAUGAGGUUAUAAUAAAGAAGAAGCAUCAAGACUUGGACACUUGGUAUAAAGAACAGUCAACCACCAUGGCCCAGGAGGUGGCCAGUCCAGCAGCUGUUCAGAGCAGUCAAAGUGACAUCCAUGAGCUGAAGCGAACUUUCCAGGCCCUGGAGAUCGACCUGCAGGCACAGCGCAACAGGAAAUCUGCUUUAGAGAACAUGUUAUCGGAAACCCAGUCUCGGUACUCCUGCCAGCUCCAGGACAUGCAACGGAUCAUCUCCCACUACGAGGGUGAACUGAUGCAGCUACGCCAUGACCUGGAGCGUCAGCACAAUGAAUACAAAGUCCUCCUGGGCAUCAAGACCCACCUAGAGAAGGAAAUCGCCACCUACCACCAGCUCCUGGAGGGAGAGAGUGAGGGGACAAUGGAGGAGGAAUCAAAGUCAAGUGUGAAAGCUCCAAAGAUCAAGGCCAUCACACAGGAGAGUGUCAAUGGAAGAAUAAUUCUUUCUCAAGUGAAUGAGAUCCAAAAGUGUGCAUAAGGCCAAUAAAAUUUCUGCCUAUUGUAAGAACUACUUUUCUCCAGUGGAAAUCCUUGCCCAGACACAAAUGGGUGAGCCCUAAGAUGUAUCCUUGGAGUUAUCAAACUCAGAAACUUAUUUUUUUUCUCUGUAACAAUCUCACCAGACAUUCCAUAAUGAUCUUAAUAUAUUGCUGCACUUUUUGAAUCAAAGUAUGAGUUCAUGAGCUUUUUAAAGCUCUACUUUUCUACUACAAUCUUCAGAUUGCCACCACUACAUAUCUGUUUUGUAGCCAAUAAAACUCUAUACCAGCUG